GGGAUCUGCCACUCCAACCGUUAGUAUUUUCGUGAUCAUCUUUGUGAGUGAUUCUCCUCGAAAUCAUAAAGAACUCUUUCUAGUUGCUUACUGAAAAAGUAUCAAAUAUGUUAACAGAAGCUGUCCUAGGCGAUUAUCAUGAUGGACCAAACAUGAAUAAGCUAUGCCGCCAAGUGUCCAUCGAAUCACCAGGUUCGGUGAUCAAAGAUUGUGUCUUCAACUUUGAAGUUCCAGUUCCGGAUGUUCCAGCUAACGGCGCCAGAAUUCGUGUAGUCUGCGCAGGAGCUUGCUACCGUAUGCGCAAUCGGUCUCCGUCGACUUCCAGUAUAUCGUCAGUGUCCAGUGUACAGUCCACAGAGGAUUCUGGCUGCAGCCCUGCUCACCAUGGAAUGCGUGACGGAGCUCUGUUCCCAGGGUAUGAAGUAGCUGGUGUUAUCGACGAACUGGGAUCGAACGUGACAUCAGAUGAGUUCACGAUUGGAAAACGUGUGGUUCUGUACCCUUAUGAUGGAAUCCCCCAUGGAUACGCUGAGUUCGUCGUAGUACCUGAUUUGUCGUAUCUUGUUGCUGUGCCUGAUAAUUUGCCAUUAGGAGUUGCUGCUAUGCUUCCCACUGGAGCUCUCUUGGCCAAAAACGCGGUUAUCAACGCACAUGACCAUGUCGUCGAAUUGUUGAAGGAACGAGCUGCCGAUCAUAUUGUACGAAUACUUAUUGUUGGCACCGGAGGACUGGCCCUUUGGGCGCUCAGGAUUGCUGAGCAUCACUUCAAAACCCCAGAAUACAAAAACAGGGUCAAAAUCACUGUGGCUUCUUUGAAGGAUGAAGGUCUCAUGUUAGCUGCAGGAGAACUCAAAACGGUCAACAUAGUACAAUGGAAUGAAGAUUUAUAUGAAAAACAAUUAAUAGAAAGAACCAAAGAUGCCUGCAGCGGUUUAGUAGAUAUUGUUAUUGACUUUGGUACCACAUCGCGAUCCUUGCAUAGAUCUCUCCAAUGUCUGAAUACGGGAGGUGUUGUUCUAGUAAGUGAAGAAGUUGCUGAACGUUUACUACCGAAAUUCUCAAGGUUGAUCCAUGAGAGAAAUCAAAAAAUUGAAGCUGUUGCUCAGGGAUCCAUUGAACAACUAAGGCAGUUAGUGGAGUAUGUAGCAGCAGGUUACAUAAAACCCCCUCCGCACACAGAAUUUGCAGCUGAUGAAGCACCAACAGUUGUACAGAAGCUUUGCCAGUCAGAAAUACCCGGGAGAGCCAUAUUACGUUUUCUUGAUAUUCAGUAAUUGUUUGUUCAGACACUGUAGUGUUGAUUGUAAUUA